AUGGCUCGCCUUCACGCAAUCAAAACCAGCUACAGGUCCAAGAGUAUCCAUAUUCCCUCCCCCUUUCUCACCACAACUCCCCCAGAUGCCAAACCGAUCACGUUUAACCAGAUUGAUUUUGCUACCUCGCCCCUGCACGAGUAUAAGGACCACUAUGCUGUGGUGCUAGAUAAUGUUCUAAGCCCUUCAGAAUGCGAUGAGCUGCUGUCACUGGCAGAGCAAAGCGUAGAAGAGCCUGGCGACGACCCUUGGAAACCGGCCCUGGUUAAUGUCGGCGCUGGGCAUGAGGUCCUUCAUACCGACUACCGGAACUCGGACCGCAUUAUCUGGGAUAACGAAACCGUCGUGAGCCGACUGCUGAGCCGAUGUUUCCAGGCAGAUGGGAUAAAAGAACGGGUGAGCAUCAUUGCCGGGACUCAGUGCAGGACUAUGCUGGGGAAACGGGCUCUGGAUGCAGGCGAGAGGUGGCGUAUCGUUAAGCUGAACGACCGCAUGCGAUUUCUUCGCUAUGGGAAAGGGCAGUUCUUUAGACCGCAUUGUGAUGGUGCAUAUGCAACGGAAACUCAACGCACAUUCUACACUUUGCACCUUUAUCUCAAUGGGCCAACAGAUGCAAACCCACUCAGAGGAGGUGCUACCACCUUCUGGUCGUCUGAUGAGAAGCGGAGGGUUGAUGUUCACCCAAAAACUGGCAGCGUCCUGAUCUUUCAACAUCGUGGCUUGCUGCAUUCGGGGGAUGAUGUCCUAGAGGGAAUUAAAUACACGAUGAGAUCAGAUAUCAUGUACGAACGGGAUGAUAUUGAGGAACAAUAG